AGGCCGGACGGCGACUCCGCUGGGAGCCAGAAUGGCUCUCUCGACGACGAGUCCAUCGAGCGCGGCGUCGCGGCCGUGGAGAAGAUGGUCACCAGCCCGGACGCAGCCCAGAUGGCUGCUGCACCAGCCGCGACGUUUGUGUGCUUGGCGAUGGCGCUGGAGGAGAAGCCGAAGUUGGGGCCUGGCUCCAUCAGGUGCUACGAGCGGGCCCUGGGCUUCCUGGACAACAGAGGCUGCGGCGAGGCGUCCUGGGAGAGGCUGGUGGUGCUCCAGCAGCUCGGGGCGGUCUGCCUCCGGUCCAGGCGGCUCGAGGAGGCGCUGAGGUGGCUCUCGGAGUGCGCCAGCGGCUGCUCCAAGGCGAGUGGCCACCCCAGGGACGAGCAGCUGUUCGGGGGCAACUUCUCGACGCAGCAGACCCGGCUCGAGUUCACCUCGCAGGUG